CAGCUGAGUGGUACCCACUUUAAAAAAAUUAUAUACUAUUUUUCAUGUGUUUAUUUUGGCAACACUGUUUUCCAUUCUUCGAUCAAAAAACGUGUUUGAGCGGACGUGCGGCUGUCACGUACUAUCACGAUACUACGAUAAUUCCACAGAACAAUAAAUUAUUAUACAAUACUAUUGUAACAAUAGUACUAUCUUUAAUUUUGGCGGUUUUAUUCAGCGCGUCUGUGCCAUAGAUAAAAGAAUACCUGAGCCUGAGUUAGUUACGUACUGACGUAGAGUGCAAUUUAAUAUCAUUGUUUGGCGAAACUCUCCACUCACCGAUCCGUUACCCGUAUCAGAUCCUUUACUCCAAUUGCGGGACGUCCGUUGCUGAUGAUAUUAUUAACUACUUUACUGCAUUUGUAUAAUAUAAUAACUGCCUAACGCUUUACGAAAUACGAAUAGUUAUAAAUGUAUGACUAACGUUAACGGCUUAACGUAUUAUUGUAUUAUCUGACUUGUUUAAUUCGUCAUGAUCAAUGGUCGUUAAUGACAAAAAAUUUAAUGUACUUUAAUAAUUUUAUAGCAAAAUGGUUAACUUACUAUGAUGUUAUGAAAAUUUCAUAAUUCUUUUUGAGAAAUUAACUUAACAAUCUGUACUUAAUAGUUUUGACUUCAUCAUAAAAAGAAAACAGGAUACCAAACAAUGAAUUCCAAAAAAAUACAGAAAAAAUUAAAUUUUGAAGAAGUAUUUUGUAUAGCAUGCAGAAGCAUUUAUUUACAACCCGUGACAAUGCCAUGUGGCCAUACACUCUGUCUAGAAUGUUUCAAAAGUAUGGUGGAUUUAACGGCAUACCAGUGUCCCAUGUGCCGUAGACGAAUAAGUAAUUGGCUUCGUAAAUUCAAACAUGAUUGGGAUGCCAUGCUUAAUGUGAAACUUUGGGAAGCUAUAAAACAGCAGUACCCAGUAGAAGUACAGAAAAGGUUAAACGAUGAAGAUGAUGGCCUCGAAGAACGUAUUGUCAACCAUGGCUUUAGUCGGGUUGAAAUUAAAGAAGGAGAAAUAAAAAAAGAAUUUGAUGAUAUGCAAAUGAGUAUUUAUAAAGAACAGGAAGAAAGAGAGUUGCAAAAUUUAGAAAUUGCUAAAAAAUUACAAGAAGAAGAAGUUGUUAAGAUUCAAACUCAAACAUCUUUAAUUGAAGAAUUAACACGGGAAGAUUCUAUAAUAGCAACAUCUAUUCAAGAAAAUAUAAUUAAAGAACUUCACCAAGCAGAAUUAAUUUUAAUCCAAUCAGAUUUGGAUUUGGCGACAAAAUUACAAAAUCAAAUUUCCACUGAAACAAGCAUUUGUACAAAAAAGUCAGUUUCUGAAAAAAAACAAAUCAAAAAAGGACCUUUGGAUAAAAUGUUUUCUAAGUCGACUGAAAAUAAUUCUAAGGUACAGUGGAAUAAUACACAUAACUGUAGUUUAUCUAGCACUAUCUCUUCAUCCAGUACAAAAUGUGAAAUUCAAUCUUCUAAUACAUCAUUACUAAGUUUUUCUUCAGAUCCGUGUACGAGUUCAACAACUUUAGAUUCAUCUGAAAUAUUUGAAGAUGGAAAUGAGGUUAUGUGUACUUGUGGACGUUUACUAGAUAACUUUACCACAGAUAGUCCUUGUGCAUUUUGUGUUGCUCAAAUAGCAGUGUUGAAUGAAUUGUGGACUCAACAACAAAAUGAUUUUUUGGUGGCUAAAGAUUUAGAGAAAAAGUUACGUAUGGAUAAUUUUGAAGAUUAUAACUUAAGAAAAAGACCAAGUUUAACUGUAAGCCUUCCUCAAAAAAAAAAAAGAAAGCUGUCUAAAGGACAAUUGACAUUGAAACAAGUAUUAAAGGACAAUGGCAACACAACAUUUUGGAAAUAGUAGUAUAAACUAUUUUUGAAGAAAUAUAUUUACUAUUACAUAAUUUAAAAAUUAAAAUUAAAA